AUGGCGCAGUCAAACAUUGGUGCUGCGGCGCCCUUUGGCUUGCGCAUAGUCACGAAAAUAACAGGUAGCGUCCUCACCGUCGCGCUCCCGCUACCUGCCAGCAUGAGCGGGCUGCAGGUGAAUUUAUCGCCGAAGCCUUUGUCUGCCGCCGCCGCGGCUCUACCCACGUACGAUCGCGCCUUCUGGAAACGAUACAGCAACAGCCCCAUCUACCUCAAAAUCGGCACGAUUAUCCGUAGACUUGGACUUAAGCAGACCAAUCUCGGUCCUCAUCCUGGCAGACCUGUCUUUGACUAUGACAAUGUCACUCAGCUCGCCAAGGCUGUCAUCGAGGUGUCCGCACAGCUCCCUACAGUAUUGGGAGAGUUGCUCGAUGCUGCUACUGCCACAGGCUAUGCAUCCCUUCACAAACAUAUCGAGGAGUUGCUACGUCACUUUGGGGAUAAGGUAUGGGGUGCCAAGCAGGAAAGGACGUGGUUACUCCAAGCCAGUGAUGGCGAAGCUGAAUAUUCGAAAGACCUCGUCUUUGAGAGCGGUACAGACCGAGACAUAUUGGCGCACCACCUCCGUUUGUGGAUACUUGCAAAGGCUUUCAACACUUUCCGCAACAAGGGUCGCGCUGUAGGACCUGUCUCUCAAAUAAGCAAAGACAGCCAGAGAAAUCGAAGCUCCACUGGUCAAAUCGGCGGAUCGUCAUUUGCAGUUCUGCACACUCGUGGUUCCUCCCAGAUACCACAGGCUCGUACGCGUGGCAAUGCACUUGCAGCUGUUGCCAACUCUCCUGCUGUCUCGUCCGACAAGAAAAACAGGGUACCCAUCAUUAACUGCAAUAAUAUACAUCUGCAAGUGCGUAGGACAGCCCGCAUUCCAAAACAUGAGAGCGGAUCGGUCGGUUACUCCUCCGACUCUGCUGAUGGUGUCCCAAGGCACUACAAUGGCAAAGGACGAACGUGGAAGAAGACUGAAGUAGAUGAAGAUCCAUUAUUUGGCGGUGCUGGCAAACACCGCACAAAUAUAUCCACUCUCAGAACAACCUACGGAUUGAGGGAUGGGUCAAAGAAAAGGAAAAGCGAGAAAAUCUUGUCGGAAGACACUCUCCCCGGCGAAAGGUCUGAUGAAGAGAUUACGGUAUGGAAUAAUGAGAGAGAGAAGCGACCAGAACGACUGCGGAAGAACGCACUGUCGGCGCCUGCCCACACUUUUGUGCAAGCGCAAGAGCGCAUCAGAGACAGUCUACAACAGGAGGAGCCGGACUCAAAAAGAAAGCGACGUCCAGCAAGGAAAUACAUCUCCGAGGAGAUCGUGCGCAACAGUUCAGAUAAGUCUGAAGAAGACAACAUUCUUACGCACAUUGGAGCGGAGUGGGUUGUCGGUACCGAGAAACGCAAUCCAUUUCCACGAUUCAGAGAGCACCACCACAGCGGUGAGCACAAUCUCUUAGCCGCUGAACUUUACAUCGAAUCACAACCUUCUCUGUCAACACUCGGCCCACCAGCUGGGAGCGCUUCAGCCAUGCCUUUGGCGAGAAGGCCACUUCCUCUUAACGAAUACUGGGAUAAACACACAUGGCGCUUCUAUCACCUCAGAGGCAAUGAACGUCAGAUUUUUCUCCAAACAAUGCGGUCUCUGGGACUGAAGGUUGUUUCACUACAUCGCGUCCACCUCUCCUAUGACAAGAGAACCUUCGUCACACUGGACGAUGAUGUUACCAUGAUUGCGGAAAAGUUGUCUAGCCAGUUCUCAGCGAAUCAGUUGAUUCAGUUUGCCGCAGACUCGAAUUAUCUGAACGAACAGAUUGAUGUGCUGUUACAGACACACUCGCCGAUGUGGAGUCUGGACGCAGAUCGCUCGCAACUUCUAGUCCCAGGAGUUGAGGAGGAGUACCCAAAAUAUCUUUUCUACGAGGAAAGUGAAGGGCAAAAACUGAUAUGGAUUCAUCUUCACCGAUGGGUAUUCCUCAUGGCGCUCAGGGACUGUAGGCAGAUGUGGGGACAAAAGGUUGGCGAUAUGGAUAAAGUACCCCAACAGAAGAACACGGAGGUACCCAAAGAAAUGCUACGCGAGUAUCAGUCAGAGGGGCGGUAUACCGUUGGCGGGCCAGAAGAGUCGUCCAGCUCUCCCAGUGGAUCGGCUGACUCUGCUUCAUCCAUCGAACAUGGUACAGUCGCCGAUCGAGCUCUUACGGAUUGUGAGCGGAACCUACUCGAAGCAAUGGGAGAGUUUUUCAAAAACGAAAAGAUACUGCGAGAUCAAAAUGCUAUUGGCGGAAGACUCUUCGCAGCUGAACCGGCUCCAGCUAUUGAGGAGGUCUCCAGGCGUCGGCGAAGACUCGUAGCAAACAGCUUCACAGACACUGCGCAGCAGACCUACAGUCAAGCCUCAACGAGACACAAAAAAGUUCACCACACUACCAUCGAUAUGUCUGAUGGCUCUGCGCUCAGCACCCUGUUCAUGAGCUACAUUGAGCUCUACAGCGACCCUGAAUUCGAUGAGCUCGCUGCGCUUAAGAACCUCGCAGCAAAGCUAUCGGUUCUAGAGCGGUACUCGACCAGAUUCCACACCCGAAAGGGCGUCGACUUCGCGACUGCAUUCUUCGUCGUUGCAUUCCCCGCCUGGCUCAUGUACCGCAGCGGCAUCGUCAAAGCCAAGCGCAGUCUCGCAGUCAUGCAGUCCCCGGAGCAGACACCACACCACCAUAUAGCCGUGAUGGAGCGCUCAAGACUGGCAACCGAGCUCCGCCAGGCGCACGAGACAUUCAUACGUGCCGGACACGAUGGCUUUCGUCCUGAGCAGGUCAUUUACCGCGCAUUCAUCACGCUGCAGAACGAGCAUGCCAAUUCGCUGACGGCAGAAAAUAUCCGCAGAGGCUUCAAGGGUAUGGAGGACGAGCUGAAGAGCUUGGGGGAUGGGCUGAUGAAUGAAGGGGGCAAGUGGAUCGUGGGCGACUUUGCUUCCGUCUCGAAUCUGAGGGGCUUGCAACCGCACACAAGAGUCGGUGUGGGUUUGUAUCAUCGGUACUAG